CUAAACCCACAACUAUAAAAUCAGUCUGUAUGCACAGAAAAGCAAGCCUGCUAUACUCACUGUAGAACCCAAAGGGUUAAUCCUCCGCAUUGUGUAAAAAUGCUAUUUGAUCAUGACGUCUCUGAUCGUCCCCUUCUUCCAGUGACCCCCUCUUAUCUCCUGAUAAAACAAAUCGUGUGGAGACACUCUGCACAUGCUCAGUUUGUGUGUUUUGCAGGAGAGUUUUUUUUCUUGGAAGAGUGCAUGUGAUCAGCACAGGGCCAAUCAGCACUGUCCGGACAGAGGCCAGGGGUUCUGCAUCCUCCUAGAGCAGAAAGCUUUAACCAGUGCUCUGCUGAACACAGAUAAAAAUCACAAGACUGCUCUAACUGCGAAAAGGUAUUUAGUAGUUUAUAUUUACUAAAAUAAUUGCAUUUCCAUGUUGUGUGUACUGUGGGAGACCAGAUAUAGUGAAU